CAAUCAUUCAUUGCUUUGUUUCUCAGUGGCUAUUGUAGAUUAGGGUUUAGGGUUUAAGACCAUAUGUGUUUUCUAAAACGCUAAUCAUAUCUGCGUUUUGCAUGCUGCGUCACACCGCUUUAGCUGUUUCUAAGGAUACUAAACUUGCGUUUCUGUUGGCUGGAGUGGGAAAAAUCCACUUACACAGGAAGACAAAUUACCCUGCUUUGAAUCCAAGGUGCAAAGUGUCAUUUUGCAAAGACAGUAGAAGAGCAUAUAUUUCGCAAGUGAGGUGUGCAGUUGCAGGGACUGAAACAAGAGAGAGGAUGGAUAGGAAAGAGACGGUAAGAAAGGCUGAGGCGUUGGUUGAGAAAGCAAUGAAAGGGAAUGACGCUUCUCACGAUGCAGCACAUGUUUGGAGGGUUCGUGACCUUGCUCUGUCCCUUGCCUCUGAGGAAGGCCUCUCUUCUGAUCCGGACUCCAUGGAAGUUGUAGAGCUUGCUGCACUGCUCCAUGAUAUAGGUGACUACAAAUACCUGAGGGAUCCAUCUGAGGAAAAAGCUGUUGAAAAUUUUCUCACCGAAGAGGGAGUUGAGGAGAACAAGAAAUCAAAAAUUUUGAAGAUCAUCAAUGGAAUGGGUUUUAAAGAGGAGGUGACAGGAAAAGCAAAUACUGAAUGGUUUCCAGAAUUUGGGGUUGUGCAAGAUGCUGAUAGGCUUGAUGCUAUUGGUGCUAUAGGAAUUGCACGUUGCUUCACCUUUGGUGGGAGUAAGAAGAGGGCUCUGCAUGAUCCUGCCAUUUUGCCAAGAACUGAAUUAUCCAAGGAACAAUACAUUAACAAACAGAAACAAACUACAAUUAACCAUUUUCAUGAGAAGCUUCUCAAGCUUAAAGAUAUGAUGAAAACCAAGGCUGGGAAAAGCAGGGCUGAGAGAAGGCACAAGUUCAUGGAGGAGUUUGUGAAAGAGUUCUACGAUGAAUGGAACGGUUCCAGCUAAUAAGUACUUGUUCUUGUCUUCAUGCUGUUUUACACUUCUAAAAUUUCUUAAGUACUUAUUCAAAAGACAAAAUAGAGCAUGUAUUCAUGCUUCAUUCUCUAAACAUAGUUUUUUCCACCAAACAAUGUCCUUGGCUUUGGAGUUAGACUAUAUAUAAAAUGAAUUAUCUGUUUUUCUUUUCCA